GUCUAGAGAAUGGGCAGGGCCUGGGUGCAGAGCUCAGGGGAGGAGGUCAGUCUUAUCUGCUGCCUGUAACAGGCACAGACUUGGGAUUUCUUCUCUGCUCCUCUAAGAACCUGAGAAUCUUGGACAUCAGAAGUUUGCUCCACACAACAGCACGCUGUUGUUUAUGGGAAUGUCUACAUGAUAUGUCUGAAGAUAAAUGUGGCCGAAAUUCCCCUUCAAGAGAUAACCUAACUGCACAAAUGCACGGAGGAUCCUUAGUAUCGGUUACAUCGGCAUGUGUGGAUGGUACAUCUUCUGAAUGAAGAAAUGCUGACACUAUGUGGAGACCUUGUGGAAAUGCAGCAACAUAAAAAAAGCAGUUUGCCUGCAUGAAACGUCUGCAGAGUCACAAUACAUGGGUGUCUGAACAGAAACCAACAACCAUCCGUGCUGGGGUAAUAUACUCCUGGAUGUUGCUGAGAGUACAUCUUCUGUUGCUUGGAUAUGACCUUCUAUAGUUGAGGUCCCGUCAAGUUUCUAGACUUCUGAGAGCUUUGAGAAGACCAACCGUUAACCAUGGAAGGUGUAACACAUCAAUAUCAUCUGAGCCGGUUGUACAGGGAAUACCAAAACAAUAGUAUUAUUGCUCUUCAUUACAACUAUACGGGCAAGCUGAGCACUAGCAGAUACAAGGGUGGACUAAAAGCCGAAGCUGUAUUUUUUUUGGUGGUAUGCGUCCUCAUCGUUCUGGAGAACCUUAUUGUACUCUUGGCUCUAUGGCGCAACAAGAAGUUUCAUUCACCUAUGUUCUACCUCCUGGGCAACUUAACUUUGUCCGACCUCCUGGCUGGAGUAGCAUACAUGGUUAAUAUUGUGUUGUCGGGGGCCAACACGCUCCGGCUCACCCCUGUUAUGUGGUUUGUAAGGGAAGGGGGUGUGUUUGUCACCUUGACUGCCUCUAUCUUCAGCCUGCUUGCUAUUGCAAUAGAGCGCCACAUCACCAUGGUUCGCAUGAAGCUCUACAGUGGAGACAAACAGGGACGAAUGGCCUUGCUUGUAGGUGCCAGUUGGCUUGUCUCUAUCUUGUUAGGGAUUCUACCAAUACUUGGAUGGAACUGUAUCAGAAACCUUCCUUCCUGCUCUACCAUCUUACCACUAUAUUCCAAGAAGUACAUAUUGUUUUGCAUUACCAUUUUUCUGGCUAUCCUCAUCUCAAUUGUGGUACUCUAUCUACGCAUAUAUAGGAUUGUAAAGCUAAACAGUCAGAGGCUGGGCACUCUACGUAAAGGAGCACUGAGAAAGUCCCAAAAAUACAUGGCUUUGUUGAAAACGGUCACUAUAGUAGUAGGAACCUUUAUUGGCUGCUGGCUUCCUCUUUUCAUCCUUCUCCUCUUCGAUGUGUCGUGUGAGGUCAAUGCAUGCCCUGUCCUUCUAAAAGCUGAUUAUUUUCUUGGAUUGGCCAUGAUAAACUCUUUUCUAAACCCAAUCAUCUACACCUUGACCAGCAGAGAAAUUAGAAGAGCCAUUCUGAAGUUGGUCUGCUUCUUUUGCUUUAUCAAUGAGGACGGAGAGACCAGAGGGAGAUUUGGAUUCUUCCCGGUCAUUGAACGAAGCACAAGCAAAUCUGAAAAGUCAUCCCACAAGCAGGAGGGGUUGGAGACAACCGUAUCUUCAGGAAAUGGGACUCCUACACCAGUUAAGUCUCUUGUGGCCACCAAAAAGUACUGAGCCAAGUCAUGGUUGAGAACCAUCAAACUUUUUUCAUAUCUCUAAAAGGGAAUUAUCUGAGAACCCCUAUAUCUUAUCUGACUUGGACUGGAAAUUAUGAAGUAUAUUGGAAGGUUUUGAGGCCAUGCAAAAGACACUACAAGACAACUGUUGUAAUAUAUCCGAUUUACGUCAUUAUCCUUCAAUUAUCCAAACGAUCAGUAAGAAAGAAGAACAUGACCUGUAAAGUUUGCCUACAUUCAUUAAUGGGUGUGUACAUGCCAUUGGGACAGCAGUAAAUGCUGUGAUGCCCAUGGAUAGUGGUCCCUGGCUGUUUUGGUGUCAUGGUCUUUCCAAUAGGCUGGGUGAAACCUUUCCACAAACACCUCAAAGUUAGCUGGCAAACAGAGAGAAACUCCUCUGAGGGAUUUUUAACUCUUCUCUCCUAGCUAAAAAGUGGGACUUCCUCUGCCAGAAAGGGGCCAUGUGGUUAUGUGACUCUAUGCCAGGAAUAAAAGGAGCGUGAGCAUUUAGGUUUGCUACUGAGCCUCUACUCCUUUAUGUAUGCUCAUGGACAUUAAAGAGGUUAUCCAGCUUUGUUCUCCCCUCUCCCCACCAGACCUGUGGAGGGAAACAUAUUUACCUUCUCCCCGUUGAUCAGUUCUGGUCAAGUCUACUGCUGUGCUCAUUGAGCGGCAAGAAGCAGUUAAGUUUGUUUCCAUCCACAAGUCUGACAGGUGGAGGCAAAAAGUAUUAAAAAGCUGGAGGACACCUUUAAAGGACUAUUUUAAAUAAAUAAUUUUUAUACACCGUUAAAGAAUUCUUAAGGUGAGGAUCCGUUAUCCAAGAAUCUCAUCUCUUGGCCAAAAUGGAGAGCAGAUGCAAAGAGCAUCUCCUGCUCUGAACGACUAGUCCGAUCCUGCAUUACACAGACAUCUUACUGAUUUGAAUGGACACUUUGUAAUGCCUUCCUUUAUUCUGUGGUGGCGCUGCAAGAAGCCUGAACACUUGGGCUUUAUGCAUACAACUGUAUUUUGGGUCCGCAUCCGAUCUGCAUUUUACGUGGAUCAAAUGCAGACCCAAAAUACGGACAGCACACGUAUGCCAUAUCAACAGAGAUGCAACCAUAUCAUGGGGAAGCACAGUAAUCAGUCUCAUUCAUUAUUACCAAUCAUGGGUCUUUAUAGCCUCUGAAUUCUUUCUCCAGGAUGUCAUUACGAGGGUAUUUAAUCAUCACGUCUGCAGCCAAAUGUAGCAUUACCGUACCGAAAUCUAAUGUGGUCUCAACAACAUGCAUGCACACAUACUGCUUGUAAAAACAACAUCUUAUGGACCUGACUAUACAGUUUUGUGUCUAUGUAAUUUCAAACCAUUACAGAUCCCACAGUGAUAUAGAUGGGGUAAAAUGUUGUACAUGUGUAUAUAUGUAUAUAAUGAAAAUGUAUAAAUUAAUAAUGUAUGAAUUCAAACAGCAUUAACAUCUAUGUAUAGCUCUCAAGAAAGAAAAAUAAAGAAAAAACUGA